CAGGCAUCAAUUGUCGCUCGGCUACCACGUGCCAAAUGAAAUCCUCAGUAGUAGUAUUCCUUUUAUAUUAAUAUAAAGAUAUUAAUUUUCAACAAUCAAAGGCCUGCUGGCCCAAUGGUAAGGCGCUCGACUACGGAUCGAGAGAUUGCAGGUUCGAAUCCUGCGUAGGUCAAGCAUUUCUUUUUUCUUAUCUGAAAAGUAUUUAUUUUUUAUUUAUUUAUUUAUUAUUAUUUCUCUUCUCGGAUUGCAAUAUAUUGUUUUUAUUCAAAUAAAAUUACCUUAAUAUCAGUCGGGACUCGGAGUCCCGACUGAUAAUCUCCUGCUAGCCGGGAACAGCCUGGACCGGUCACAUGUUCCCGCCGAAGGUUGCUCAGCUUUGUUCAAGUUUACAACUAGCUAUUGAGCCAUCCUAUGACCAAGGAGAUAUGUUUUGCAUCAUGUUGUCAUGAAUCCCGUGAGGGGCUAUCAAUCUAUCCCUGGUCCGUGUUUUCAAUUGAAAUGGCUACAGGUUCGGCAGUGCCAUGAUCGGAUAAGUUGAAGCAGUCUUUGGAACUGACUUUUCUUACCCAGUGCGAAUCUGCGUCUGCGGGGAUGAGGGCACUGGCAAGUCCAGCCUCAUCACCUCGCUUGUCAAGGGUGUCUUCGUGACGAACAAGAUCCAACCUGUCUUGCCGCAGAUCACCAUUCCUCCAACGAUUGGUACUCCAGAAAAUGUAACCACUACAACAAUCGUCGACACCUCUGCCCUCCCCCAAGAGCGGAGCAGCUUGGCCAGAGAGAUUCGGAAGUCCAAUGUGAUAUUACUGGUUUACUCAGAUCACUAUAGCUAUGAAAGGGUGGCUUUGUUUUGGUUACCUUAUUUUCGCUCCUUGGGGGUCAAUGUUCCGGUGGUGCUGUGCGCCAACAAGUCCGAUCUCGCCGCAGACCACAGCGAGACACAAGUCAUUGAGGAUGAAAUGUUGCCGCUGAUGGCCGAGUUCAAAGAAAUCGACUCAUGUAUUCGCACCAGCGCUCGGGAACAUCGAAACGUCAAUGAAUCCUUCUUCCUUUGCCAGAAAGCUGUGACACACCCUAUCGCGCCGCUAUUCGACUCUAAAGAAUCCUCCCUGAAGCCGGCAGCAAUCGCGGCUCUACGACGCAUAUUCUAUCUCAGCGAUAAGGAUAGAGACGGAUAUCUCUCUGAUAAGGAGAUAGAAGAGUUCCAGAUGAGAUGUUUCGGGAAGCCCUUGAGCCAGGAAGAUCUCAUUUACAUCAAAGAAACCAUCCAGAAGGCACUGCCCGAGUCGGUUACUGAGUUUGGCAUUGACUGCCAUGGUUUCCUACAUUUGAAUAAGUUAUAUGCGGAGAAAGGGCGUCACGAGACUGUUUGGAUAAUUUUGCGAGCCUUCCAAUAUACGGAUAAUCUUUCCCUACAGGAGAGUUUUCUCCAUCCGCGAUUCGAUGUUCCACCUUUUGCGUCGGCCGAGCUAUCUCCUGAAGGCUAUCGGUUUUUGGUGAAUCUCUUCCUUCUUUCUGACAAGGACAAUGACGGAGGUUUGAAUGACGCAGAGUUAGCCUCGCUUUUCGCACCAACCCCUGGCUUGCCGGCUUCGUGGACAGAAAACUCAUUCCCGUCAUCCACGGUCCGCAAUGAAGCUGGACAUGUCACCUUGCAAGGCUGGCUUGCUCAGUGGAGCAUGACUACCUUCACAUCACCCAAGACAACUUUGGAGUACCUUGCUUACCUGGGGUUCCAGUCAUCAGACAGAAGUAAUCCGUCCACGACAGCGGCCUUGAAAGUCACCCGCCCCCGAAAGCGGCGAAGACGCCCUGGGAGAGUAGGACGUAAUGUUGUCCUCUGCCAUGUUCUCGGGGCACCGGGUUCGGGCAAGUCGGCCCUUCUCGAUGCGUUUCUCUCACGGGGUUUCAGUACCACUUACCACCCCACGAUCCGACCGCGGACGGCCGUGAAUACAGUCGAGCUUCCUGGCGGCAAACAGUGUUAUCUGAUCCUGGAUGAGCUAGGGGAGUUGGAGCCCGCCAUUUUGGAGAAUCAAUCAAAGCUAUUGGACCAGUGCGACGUCAUUGCCUACACCUAUGAUUCGUCGGAUCCAGACUCCUUCGCGUAUAUCCCUGAACUGCGCUCCAAGUACCCGCAUCUGGAAGAACUCCCGAGCGUGUUCAUCGCUCUCAAGGCCGAUCUGGAUCGAACCACGCAAAGGGCCGAGUAUCAGCCGCAUGAGUACACAGCGGUAUUGGGAAUGCCAGGGCCCCCGCUCCAUGUGAGCGUGACCUGGAAUUCGAUCCAGGAAGUCUUUGUUCAUAUUGCCGAAGCAGCCAUGGAGCCCAGCACGGCAUUUCCGCGCAGCGAGGAAGAUGACGAAGGCAAGUGGAUGGCGUGGGGAAUUGCGCUCGGAGCGGUGGUCUGCGCAGGAGCUGCGGCAGUUAUGAUCUGGCGAAGAGUGAGUGGGAGCGGAAGCUGAGAGGCUGGCGUCGAUUUUGUAAAAUUAAUAGAUACGCAACAAGAUACCCUCGCAAACAUUUCUUGACUGAAGUCCUCAGAUGCUUGAGAAGAUAUACCGUCUAUGUAUGAUAAUACUACCUAUUUCUUGGGAUCAUCUGGUGCGGCAAGGGUUGAAGUUCAGCAGGCAUUGUAGACACAAUGAGGUUGCAAAAAAAGAACACCUUAAUCGUCUCAUUUCCUCUUUGCAGAUGGCUGAAUUGCGGAGCGAGAGAAGAUUAGCGUAUUCCCAGUGAUUAUGAUAUACGAUGGAUUAUUAUCCUCUCCACCCAAGAUUAAUCCGCUUUGACCUCCACGACUCUAGUACUCCGGGGUAAUUAAUUAGCUCUUUU